CAGAAAACGUUUUACUUAUUAUUUAUAGUUAAGCACGUUCACUUUGUCUGGGAUUUUAUGAGUUCCUUGUCUUGGCAGAAUUGUAAAACCACUUCCUGACGCUUCCACGACUUUACAAUGAAACCCCUCGGGCUCCUCACGGUUGUUUUUGCAGUAAUUCAAGGUGCGGCAUCCCAGAGGGUAAAGGUGGACAGGGAGGUGCAGGCCAAUCCUGGUGAGACCUUCCAGUUGCGCUGCAAGUUUGAGGUGGUGCAAGGCAUAAGCCUAACUCAGGUUUCCUGGGUUAGGGAGUCUUCGGCAGGGAGAGAGAACAUCGCCGUCUUUCAUCCUUCACUUGGGUCGAAUUACCCCGACUCAUCCCUCAAAGGAAGAGUCAGCUUUGUUUCUCCUUCCUUGGAAAAUCCCUCCAUCAGUGUGUCUGAUGCCAAGACGAGCGACUCGGGCACGUAUACCUGCGAAUAUGCCACCUACCCCAGCGGGACCGAUCAAGCCUCAUCCGCAGUCUUUAUCUUGGCCAAGCCCCAGAACAACGCCACCACGCUGCCCGUGCUCGCGGGCAAAGACGCAGUGGUGGUGGCUCGCUGCGAGUCCGCCAAGGGCCAGCCAGCAGGACAGGUCUUCUGGGACACAACAGCUGCGGGCGACCAGAGCAACACGACCAAACUGGAGAACGACAAGACUGUGUCCGUGGUCAGCGAGUUCAGGCUCAUCCCCAAGGCUGCGGAUAAUGGCAAAGACAUCACCUGCAUUAUCAAGCACCGCGCCCAAAAGACAGACGACAUCUAUAAAAUGAAGCUGGCUGUUCAGUGUAAGCUCAAUGUUCAGCUGACCUGCGUGGCCAAUGCAAACCCACCACCGACUAGCUUUGAGUGGACAGUUGCAUCCGGCCAGAUGCCAAAAACAGCCCAAAUUAAUGGGAAUAAGCUGUCAGUGCCGAAGGUGGAUGAGAGCAUAAACACCACCUUUGCGUGUGAGGCGAAGAACCAGCUGGGAUCCGGACAGGACAGGGUCACCACAUUGGUGACAGCUGAACCUCCACCGGGCAGCAGUGCCACCAGCAGCAUCAUCGGCGCCAUCAUCGGCAUCCUUAUUGUGGCGGCUCUCAUUGCCACCGGGCUGCUGCUGUACUGCAGGAGGAGGAACCGCUCUGAAAAUGGAGAUGGCCCCCCCAAAUAUAAGCCUCCUCCCCCCACCAGGACAGGUGGCUCCACUGAGAUGCUGAACAAGAGCCAUGGAGUUGAGUCUCAGCCUCUGGAUUACUUUGACACCUCCCAUGAGCCCGUCACGAACCUGGAUGCCGAUGAUGAUGAUGAUGAAAAUGUGCCCAAUGGUAAUUCUGGUGCCCGCAAUGGCUUGGACGACCCAUUCCACCAAAGUAAUUCAUCAAGCAGAAUUCCCGUGUCACAACCCAACCUACCAGACCGUUUCAAUCAGCAGGAAGAUGAAGCUGGCCAUGCGGUACCAUCCCACAUUGGACGUGGGGACAGUUUCAUUUCUUCAGCAAUGUUGGUGUAGGAGUCACAGUCCAGACAGACCUGUACUUAGGUAUAGCCCUGGGCUGUUUACUCCAUAUUUGCUACUGCUCUUUUGGGCAAUCAUAUUACAGGAAGUUUUACAGUCUGGAUACAUUCUGACCCAUGUUUGGACACAUGCCAGUGAAACAUAAUCAAAUAGCAGGUACUUGUUAGUUACCGAUAGUAUGACCUUCUGCAAUGUACAGAUUGUUCUCAGGGUAGUGUGUAAAAUGUUCUGUGAAGGCCGGAGAUGUGUAGGUAUUAUAAAUGCGCAUUAUUGUCAUGACAUUAAUUGUUACAGUGGUGUGGCACUGGCUGUAUUCAGCUAACCUUUCUAUGAGUCUGCAAAGCCCCAAACGGCGUCGUAUUGGAGCGUGACACAGCAGGCCCGGGGCGCCUUUUAGCACACAGAUACUUCACAGAUCAGUCCCUUGGAAAAGGCGGGGUGCAUGUUUAAACUGGGGCCCGUCGGCACGCCUCACCCGGCCGGCUUUCCUUCAAAGCCGCAGAUCCAUGAUAAUUAAGGACACAUCCUGUGCCAGGAGCAGCAUAUUGUCACAGGUUAUACGGCAUCAGCAUUUUAGUCUAAAUUGUUUUCAUUGUUUUCUGAUGUUUUACUUAUUGUGAAUAUUCAAUGUGUUUAAAAACUGCUGUAUUUUGACCAGAAAUGUUUGAAUAAGAAGCAGGGAAACUCUGCUUUUCAUGCAAGGGAAGUCUUUGAGUGUCGGCACUUUGCUUGCUUUUCCUGAUUUCGUUGGAUUGUAUAUAUCAAACUGUGAAUGCUAUUUAGACGACCACUGCCCCACUUACAUAAGUCUUGUUUUCCACAUGCGAACCUGUGUCUUUUUAUUUUGCAUUUUCCAGUGUUACAGAUCAAUUGUUUUUUUUUUUUCCACAAUUUUAGAUCUAAUAUUUUUGCCUGUAUACUUCACAUAAAUUGCAUCAACUCUAACACACUUUAUCCGCUGAUUGGCCACUUUUAUUAAGUUCUGCCAUAUAGCAGCAGGUAGGAGCCGACUUGGGCUGACAGGUUCUGCGUUGGGAGACGCCUCUCUGCACAUCACUCCAGUCCUCAGCUCUAACCCUUGUCAUUUUAUCCUUUCUGUCAUUUUCCUCUUUCUGAUUCCUGCUUAUAAUGUCAUUCUCUGUAAAUCCCAGACACUGUAGUACAUGAAAAUCCCAGCAGGGCAUUCAGAAAUACCUCAAUGGAGUGUCUUAACCCUUCUAAUGGUGUGCCUCGUGAUGAUUUUGUUGUGCACUAUAUAGGUAAUGAAAUUUACCGUUGAUAAUUCGAACAGCACUACAAAAUGGCUGGCUCACUAUGUAGUGCACUCAGUAGAUGGUGCCCUAGGCAAGGUUCACUCCCAGGCCCCCUUCAGUAGAUGGCGCCCUAGGCGAGGUUCACUCCCAGGCCCCCUUCAGUAGAUGGCGCCCUAGGCGAGGUUCAUUCCCAGGCCCCCUUCAGUAGAUGGCGCCCUAGGCGAGGUUCACUCCCAGGCCCCCUUCAGUAGAUGGCGCCCUAGGCGAGGUUCAUUCCCAGGCCCCCUUCAGUAGAUGGCGCCCUAGGCGAGGUUCAUUCCCAGGCCCCCUUCAGUAGAUGCCGCCCUUAGCGGCCCCUUGUGUCACUGUACAAGUGGCCUGGCCCUGCUUUAAUAUGUUGAUCCCCACCUAGGAGGGAGGAUUUGAACUGGCCAGGAUAUCAGGAUAUUCACUUGGAAAAAGUGUCAUUUGACAUCUGGCUUUAGAUGCCCAUGAUUGGAUCCCCCUUCCAAGUAGCUAUUAUGUCAUGUAACCUUUGUCAAAGUGACAGGGACUCCUUCUGACAUCUCAUGCAUACACCAUUCUGACAGGCAGGGGUCGCUGUUUGCCUGAUUUGAAAAUUACAGCUCUUUAAUAAACUCCAAUGGAAAAUCAUAUUCGUAGGACCUCCCUGAAUUUACAGUUGAGUGUGUAAAAUAUCCAGACUUUCCACAUGUAGCUAAUGCUAUUCGCUUGGCUUGUGUUACUUUAAAAUUGUAACCCGUUAUAUUCUCAGGGGGUCCGGUUGCACUCCGGGCAGGUGUGGGCGAAGCUUCCAUGCUUCACCAAGUCGCUUCGUACUUGUGCCUGAAGGCUUGGUGAUUUCCUUAUCUACUUGUAAAGAGAAUUCUAUUCAGAUUGCUUGAAAGAUAAAUCUGCUUAUAAUAUCCACAGUCACUAUGUUAUAGAUGCGGACUGUUUUGUGUCAGUGAAGAGUAAAAUACAGUACCAGUAAAAAGUUUGGGCAUGCCAUUCCGCCUACAAAGCAGAGUGAUAGUGUCGUGUCACAUGACCUGCUCACAUGACCUAAACACAGUAGUUUUGGGGGAGUUUCACCAGAGGCUCAGCAUAUAUGGGACACUCUUCAGGACAGUUGUGGGGUCAAGGGGCUUUGCUCAAGGGCCCAGUGGUGGGAUCACUCUGCCGGCUCAGGGAUUCGAACCAGCAACCUUCUGAGUCAGUGCAUAAUUCCAUAUAUGUUAUUACAUAGAUCUGAUGUCUUUAUUCUAAAACAUAGAGAAUAGUACAAAUAAACCUUUCUAUGGAUAUGUGUGUCCAAACUAUUGACUGGCACUGUAUUUUUGUGGGAUUUCCCCAGUUUGAGGAAUUGGGUAGCAAUAAUUAGAGAAGCAGUAUUACAGUAUUAGUUAUCUAAUUGUAUAUUAAACAGCUUAAUCACUUGAUUAGUACUAGUAACCAGGGGAGUUAACAUGUACACAUCACAUGUAUAUAUUUUGAUCCAAAGUAACCCACAAGCGGGCGCCUGGGGCUGAGCAGGCAUGAGUGUGGCUAGUUUCAGUGUCUGACCUGUAAGGUGUGAGCUCUGCAGCCGGAGAUGUGCAAUACAGUACAAAAAAGAGAGCCGUCCACAUCUAUGCAGUGGAGCUAAAAUGCUGUGCCUCCUCAGGUCAUCUUGGUCUUACAUUACAUGUGAGCUGUAAUCUGUAAUAAGCCUUUAAUGAGUGUGUUCACAUUACGCACAGUAUAGCAGCCGAAGGAAGAUGUUUGAUCCUUAAACACAAGGUGUCAGUAAACAUUAAAUGGCUCCGCAUUUUUCUUCUUUAUAUUGGAUGAUAUAUUCAUAUCUAAAUGUCCCCAUGCACAUAUAACUGAUCAUUUCACUGUUCAACCUAAAACCCCCUUUGACAGUGACGAUUAUAUUAAAAUGCAGGCUUUGCACGUGUAUAGUUUCUAAUCCUUAGGUUCCUAGAAAUUCUCAUCAGGAAAUACAUAUAAACAGCCGCAGUCAAUCUCUCGCUUUACACGUUUACAUUUAAAAUUCAACUUUUAAAAUACCUAUUGGCCCGUCUUCCAAUUGCUUAUCGAGCACCCGGCUUGCAGUUUGUCGCAGGACAUGCACGCGCAUGCAGACAGAUGCGCAGACGCGCACACAUGCACGCACAUGCAUGAUGGAAAGCAAGAUUGUGUGAAGUGUGGGAAAAACCCACAGAACAGGGAGUGGACCGGUGAGUUCCACACAGUUACAAAGCUGAGACGGGGUGCAAGGCGCAAGACCUUUCAGUGGUACGUGUUGCUCAACCAGUGCCGCAUUGUGCUAACAACUAAUAGGGUGUAGGCUCAAGUCCCAGAGAGCACCACAAAAAUCACAACAUUCCUGCUACUGAAGUUGCUUUGGAUAAAAAUGUCAAAUAAAAAGUAUGCAUUAUGUACACAGAUAUCAAAUGUAGUCUGGCAGUUUAUCAUUAGUAUGGUAUUUUACAAACUAUGUAUCUGCAGAAUUCUGUGUGUAUGAAUACAUGGUAUUUGGUAUGCAUGUCGAAAUCUCUUAGUACAUGUUUACCCCCUUUGUUUGCUACAGAUGUAUAUAUCUAAAUUAUAUUUCCUCUUUGUUAUCUGUAUAUAUCAUGCAAGUAAAUGCAGUUUCUCUGACUGAAA